AUGGCACUGUCAAGGCGGGCUUUUUUGCUCAGUGAUGCUGUUUGGUUCGAUUGCGGGGACGUCGGCUGUCUAGAUCACCGGCGUGUUAUCGUUAAAAUAGGAAAUGUGCCGUACAUACACGCGAAUUACGUAGCGACACCAAAUAAUUCGAAACGAUUUAUUUGUACGCAGGCGCCACUCCCAAAAACAUGCUCCGAAUUCUGGUGUAUGGUUGUGCAGGAGAAAUCGAAGUCUGUGCUCAUGCUUUGCAAUUUUAUGGAGCAGGUUGGUGAUGUUAAGCCUUUCACUAUUCUCUAUGAGAAAUGGGGGAAUCUUGACCGCUGCGCACCCUUUAUAAAUUAA